UGUGAGCGUCGAGGUAAAAUGGCGGACUUGGCAAACGAAGACAAGCCUGCCAUUGCACCUCCUGUGUUUGUUUUCCAAAAAGAUAAAGCACAGAAGCGGUCUGCAGAGGGCUCAAGCGCAGAAGAUGGUGAAGAUUCAGAUAAAGAUGAGGGAAGUUACUGCCCCCCUGUGAAAAGGGAAAAGACCUCAUCAUUCCCACCCCCACAUUCUGUUCCCAAGAACAAUGUAUUCAUGCCCUCAAGUUUCUGCCAGUCUCCGACUGGGAACUCUGACUCUGAGCCAGAAGAGAAACCGGUGGGAUUCCGUUUAAAGCCGCCGACUCUCAUUCAUGGACAAGCACCAAGUUCAGGUGUCCCAAGUCAGAAACCCAAGGAGCAGCAACGCAGCGUCCUCCGCCCUGCAGUCCUCCAAGCACCACCCUCUAAAUCACUUAUAGAGUCCAAUUCCAGUUGUGGAACCAAUGGUGUGAAAAAGCCAUCAGAUGGAGCAACUGUGGCCCAGUCCCUGUUCCUGAACAACAAAGAGCACUCGUCUUUGCUGGCCAAGUCACUGAAACAUGAAAAUAAGGAAGAUGGAACAAGUGACAACAAAGAUGAAGACAGAAGAGACAAGGAGAAAGAUGUUGCAGUAUCAUUUGUAUUUGGUCAGAAUAUCAAAGACAGAGCAAAGGUGGAUGAGAACAAUACAGAAGAAAAUUUAAAGGAUGGUUCACAACUGGAGUCAGAGGGCACUAAUUAUUUCUUACAGUACAUCUCUACUUCAAGUUCAAAAAAUACUGCGAACAGUCCGGACAGUGGAGCAAAAUUUGUUUUUGGGCAAAAUAUGUCUGAACGAGUUCUGAGUCCCCCGAAGGGUGAGGCUUCAAAUGAGGAAAAUAAAGAGGUUUCAGUCGCUCCUGUUUCAGAGCCUUCAUCACAGGAAGCAACUCCGGAAAAAGGAAAAGAAAAAGCAGUGAACAGUGUGUCAGAGUCUUUGGAGGAAUCUGCAGCAGCCUACACCAAAGCCACAGCCAAGAAGUGCAUUUUAGAGAAAGUUGACGUGAAAACUGGAGAGGAAUCAGAAAGCAAUGUUUUACAGAUGCAGUGCAAGUUGUAUGUUUUUGAGAAGACGGCUCAGUCAUGGAUAGAGCGGGGGCGAGGACUGCUGAGGCUUAACGACAUGGCUUCGACAGACGACGGCACGCUACAGUCCCGUCUCGUGAUGAGGACUCAGGGCAGCCUGCGGUUGAUCCUCAACACUAAACUUUGGCCACAGAUGCAGGUGGACAAGGCCAGCGAGAAGAGUGUGCGAAUCACUGCCAUGGACACAGAGGACCAGGGGGUCAAAGUCUUCUUAAUAUCAGGUAGCUCUAAAGACGUGGGUCAGCUGGCUGCUGCGUUACAUCACCGUAUCUUAGCCCUAAAGAGCAGGGCGGAGCAGGAGCCCGAGACCCCGGCGACGACCAUCCCCGACGCAGAGGUACCGCAGUCCAACGAGGAGGACAGCGACGAGGAAGACAAAGGCUCUGGUUCCGGUGCAGCCUCCACUCCUGCUGCAAGUAAUUCAGAGGGAGGUGAGAGCCAGGCUGCGGCAAGCACAUAGCGUCACUCUUGGACAGCCUGCUAAGAUGCCGCCGUUGAGGCACUUUGCUGUAGGCAUCUCCACGGACAACCCUUGACCAAUAUGGGUCCUCCAGACCAGUACUUUUGGAUAUUAGAAGUCUAGCUCCAGGAAAUAAUCCCCAUGUGCCGGAGUGUCUCACCCAACCGUGCAGUCAUCGUCUCUGCAUUCAGCGUAAUAUCUGGAGUUUUUUUUUUUUUUUUGUUUUGUUUGUUUUGUUUUUUUUUGUUUCCCUCCCUCUCCUGUUUUGUGUUUUAUUUUUGUUUUCGAGUAUUUUUCCUAUUCCGAUAGCAAAAAUAAAGACUUCAAAGCUUUGGUUUGGGACUUUUCUGCUCAUCAUAUUGAUGAGUGUAAGGGUGUUUUCCUCUACAUUUUAAGUAUGGCACAUGUUAAGACUGCAGUUUCUACUUUGGGACCUUUAUACUCACUCUACAGCCGUAUCUCUGGACUCCACACACCCAGAGGAGCUUCAUUCACAGUGUGUUUGACUAGUCAUCCAGUCGGUUGGUCUUACAUCAAGACCCACCUUCCUCCUAAUCCUCCCCAUCCUGACCAGUCUGUGCAUUAUGUUUUAUCAAAUGUAAUUUAUUUUGGGCGGUGAUUCUCAUGAAGCAAUUCAACACAUACGUGCUGUUUGUAAUGGCCAGCCAAGACCACUCAAGUUGUCAUUACUAGCACUUUCUUCUAUUUCUUAUUGACCUAUAUCAUAGUGAAUAAAAUACUCAAACAAUGCAGUUUCUGCUAAUGUGAGUUCAUGUUUGAGGAAAACAGGGCAGAAGGAUUCACCUGUUAAUUUUUUUCUAAAUUAAUGGGAUGUUAGUCAUUCACUUUUUUUUUUUUUUUUUUCUAAAUUGACAAAUUGAACUCAUCAGUCCAUAUUCUGCAUGUAACUUCUUUUUUUUUUUUUUUUUUUUUUUUUUUAAACAUCCCAAGGGUUUAUUGUGUUGUUACAUAUUUUUAUGUUGAAAUUUAUAUAUACUUUUUAUCCAUUUACAUUUGAAAAAACAUGUUGGAAUGAAGACUUCAUGUGUGGAAAAUUUGAGUGAUAACUGUAAAACCCUUUUGAAUGUCAUGUACAUUUGAAUAUAUCAUUUAGUAGUGCACCAUGUUUUCUCAUCUCCUCCAACUGCCCCCUUUACAAAAUAAAACCAUUUUGGAUUGAC